AUGCGCACCCGACUACUUGUGCUUGGUAGUGGGGAGCUGGGGACUGCAUGUGCCCUCUCUCUGCUAGCGAAUGGGGCGGCCGCGUCUUGUGAGGUGACGAUGGUAGGGCGUGACCGUGACUACCUUCAUGAUGUGCAGUAUGGCUCACGCACUUUCCGCCUGGCUGACCGACGCAUACGAGCGCCAUCGGGGUUGACAGUGCGCGCUGUAGAUGCGGAGCCCAUAAAGGAUGACGUAGGUGUGGAUGCUGUACUUUCAUGCGUCCCAGCGACGUGCCUGGAAAAUGACGGCGCUCAUACGCCCCCGAUGGUUAGGUGCGCGCAGAAUCACGCUGACGCGCCGAUGCUCCUGUUCACACGUGGUUUUACUAGAGAAGGCUUGACGCCACUGGAGCAGCUUGGGCGGGUGUCUCAGGAUCUGCCAUCGAAGUUAGUUGUUGUGUCCGGGCCUCUUUUUGCAAGGGAAUGGGCCGUGACGUCUGCGGCUGCGUGUGAUGGAGGUGAUGCCAAUAGGAAUAGCGGUGUCACGCUUUCGUUCGCUUUGGGUGGUAAGGCUGACGUUGAGCUUUCCCGUUCAUUGCAGUCGCUGACGGAGCGGCUCUGGCGACGAGAGAGUGUUACGUGGUUAGAUGGACCAUUGGCAGCGGAAAUUCUUUCGCUCGUGAACGGGUGUGUACCACUGUGUAGCAUGGGUGCCGGGUUGGUAAGUAGUGAGUACCCUGGGUCCGUGUCAGCGACGAUGUCUUAUCUGCAGCACGCGACUAGUGCAACAGAGCAGCUGGUGAAUGGUGUGCUGGGACUUCCACUGGGAUCUCCGUUGCCCUCAUGCGCUGUAGCAACCAUAGCGAUGGCAUGCACAAAUCAUGCGGCGCGUGAGUUCGUGUUCGGACGCCGCCUUGACUACCACUUCCGCCACCGUGAUGCUAUCCGCGCCGUCUUUCCCGCAGGCUCGCACGAGGCGCUGGACUCAACGGUGUCAGGCUUGCACAUGCUGCUGCGGCGGCAUGCCAUGUCGUCACCGUUCUACGAGGUGUUGAUGGACACCUUCCUGACGCUUAUGCGCGCGUCCGUUGCGGGGCGUGAGUUGGUGCGGCUGGGACACUAUGAGUACAGACACAAACUGCGCGACGAAGACACGGUGCUGCUGCGCCACACUGAGGUGGUGGACGAGGCGAUGUUGUCUGGGGAUCACCAGCGUUUUGACGACGCGCGGCGGGCACUGCAGAUGGCAUUUGGGGAUAGUAGCUGUGGAGCCCCCACCAUGCCGCCACUCUGA